CUCACUCAGCCCACACUCGUCCCCUUUUCCCCCCGCUCACCUCACCGGAAGAUGGCCGGCAAGCCUCUCAAUCUAGACUGGAGCCAAAUUCUUCCGGCGGAGGAAGCUGCCGCGCCGCCGUUGGAGUUGGAGGUGGUCCCCACCACGGUGAAUCCCUCCUCAACCUCUGCGCAAGACUCGUCGUCAUUUUCGAUCGAGCAUCUCCUCAGCGAUGUUGAGCUUGAGGAGAAGAUACUUCGAAUGACCAAGUCUUUAGAAUCGGGCAUGGCGAAUAAACUGGCCGAUAAGGGGCAGAAGUUCCAGGCGAACCUUCGGGCUUGUCAGAUGGAGCUUGACCGGAGAAAAGCCAACCAAACUCAGAAGGCAUGCUUAAGUCAGACUCAAAGAAAUACUGCUGAAAAAUGUGAGACAGCUACAGAUUCCAAAGCUACAGAACCUAGUGUCUCAGCAAGCAAAUCCCGUGCUAUUGCUCCAUCAGAAUGCAAUUCAGGGUCUUCUUUUUUCUCCCUGUUUAAUCAGGCUUUGGAGAAAAGGGCAGGUUCUCUGUAUAGAAGCAAGAUUUCAAGUGGCAAUUCAUGCCAGAUUGAUACAGGAACGAAUUUGUGCCAUAUUUCUUCUGAAGCUACUAAAGCAUCUUUGAGAAGGGCAACUUUCCCACCGAAAGACAAGGUUUCCUCUACGGAGAAAAAAAAAUCUUCCAAUGAAAAUUGCAAAAGUAUAAAAACUUCCAGUUUUUAUGCCCCAUGUACAGGAAGAAGAGGUUCUAAGAGGUUGAAGCCUUCUGAUGGGAAGAAUACAUUGAGUUUGAAGAGACAGAAAACUCAGGAUGUUGUUCUUUUGGAUGAAGAAGAUCUACAACCAAAGGAUCUAGACAGAUAUGCUUCUGAUGACAGGAAGGAAACUAAGAUUUAUUAUCCAUCAAGGGAUCAUCCUGAGGCUGUUGAGCUUUCUUUCUCAGACUUGAAAUGCCUGGAGUCAGAACAGUAUAUAUCGUCGCCUAUAAUGAACUUCUAUAUUCGGUACCUUCAGAGGUCACUCUCUUCUGUUAACAAGACCAAAGGCCAAUACUAUUUCUUUAACACUUACUUCUUUGGAAAACUUGAGGAUGCAUUUUCAUCAACGGGUGAUAGAUUUUCGAAACUGAGACGGUGGUGGAAAGGUGUAGACUUAUUUGAGAAGGCAUAUAUCUUUUUGCCAAUCCAUAAAGAUUUGCACUGGAGCUUGGUCAUUAUAUCUAUCUCGGUGAAGGAAGAUGAAAUACGCCCUAUUAUUCUUCACCUGGAUUCGUUGGGUUUGCAUAUAAGCUUACUAAUUUUUGAUGUUGUUCGCCGUUUCUUAACAGAAGAAUGGAGGUACGUGAAGCAAAAUACGUCUUCUCCACAUGUUCACACUGGAGAAAUGAUAUCGAAUGACCUACCUUUAAAAAUUGACAAGAAAGAAAUCAAGGUACCACAGCAAACAAAUGAGUAUGAUUGUGGCGUUUUCGUCCUGUAUUUCAUGGAACGAUUUAUCAAUGAGGCUCCCCAAAGACUCAACAAGAAAGAUCUUAAUAUGCAGUUUGGUAGCAAGUGGUUCCAGCCUGAAGAUGCAUCAGGCUUAAGGAAGCGGAUGCAGAAUCUGCUAUUAGAAGAAUUUGAGAGUUCGAGGCUGCAGUGUGGAAGAGAAGGAAGCCAUGAUCGCUCUGCUAGCAGCUCAUCUGAACCUGAUGAGCAGCAGGAGCUCACUUUUCAAUCUUCUUAAGAGGUAAAAAUUCCUGCUUUCAUCUCCUCUUAUUGUUACAUACAUGAAUUAUUAUUAUUUUUUUAAUUUUUUUUUUUAAUUUAGAGCAUAGAUAAGCUAUUUAGAUAUAGAAAUGAGUUCUGGAAUAAUCUUUGUGGAAAGUUAUAGAGGAUGGGCUUAUAAUAUUGAAACAUACAGGCAGUGUAUAUAGAGAGAUUUUGUUUUUCAGUAUUA